AAUAGCCUUGAGCCAUAAUUUUGCGAGUCUCUCCAGCAUCCAUACCCCUGCAUGGUCUCUCUCCACCGGCCAUGCACGACCGUUUCUCUCCCCAACCGUGGAUUUCCUAUUACUCUCGUUACGACUCACUGAGCCCCAGGCCCAAGGAUAAUGAUGUGUUGUUUCUUGGUAGCAUAAUUUGUCACACGUAUAUUUCUUCUUCUUCUUCUUCUCUUGCAGAAAGCACGGCUCCCCUCUCACACAGUCGCACACUUCUGGUUAAUUCCGAGGAAUCAAAUGAUCAACAAAUAACCACAACCUAAUUUGGACUUUUUUUGGGAAUCGCUUUUUUUAACAAAAACGAAGAACAAAAGCAGGGGGACCUUACACACCGGAACCCCCCGAAGAUUACUUUCUUUUUUGAGUGUGUGCGUAUGAGUGUGUGUCAGGUGGCGUCUACAGUCGGGAAGUCAUGUCCAGAUCGGGUGAUAGAACGUCAACCUUUGACCCAACACACAGUGACACGCUGCUGCACGGGCUGAACCUCCUGUGGAGGAAGCAGCUUUUCUGUGAUGUGACUCUCACCGCCCAAGGACAGCACUUCCACUGCCACAAAGCGGUUCUGGCAUCCUGCUCCCAGUAUUUCAGAUCGCUCUUCUCCUCCCAUAAUGCCAUCAACAACGAGGGAGGCAAAGGAGACCAGGGCAGCAGCGGCACCCCCUCGUCCUCUCCUGAUGACAAGCUGGUAACCCCCAGUGCCAGGCCCAUCAAUAACCUGGUCCUGCAGGGCUGCUCCUCCAUUGGACUAAGACUAGUGCUGGAGUACCUCUACACUGCCAAUGUGACUCUUUCCCUGGACACAGUGGAAGAGGUGCUGUCGGUCAGCAAGAUUCUCAACAUCCCGCAGAUCACCAAGCUCAGCGUGCAGUUCCUCAAUGACCAGAUAUCAGUGCAGAACUACAAGCAGAUUUGCAAGAUCGCCGCCCUCCAUGGGCUAGAUGAGACCAAGAAGCUGGCCAACAAGUACCUGGUGGAGGACGUGCUGCUGCUCAACUUUGAGGAGAUGUGCGCCAUGCUGGACGCUCUGCCGCCCCCGGUGGAGUCGGAGCUGGCUCUCUUCCAGAUGUCGGUGCUCUGGCUGGAGCAUGACCGAGAGACCCGCAUGCACUACGCUCCGGACCUCAUGAAGAGGCUGCGCUUCGCCCUCAUCCCGGCCCCGGAGCUGGUGGAGAGGGUGCAGUCAGUCGACUUUAUGAGGAGUGACCCCGUGUGCCAGAAGCUACUGCUGGAUGCCAUGAACUACCACCUGAUGCCUUUCAGGCAGCACUGCAGGCAGACCACAGCUAGCAGAAUCCGUUCCAAUAAGAGAAUGCUGUUACUGGUGGGUGGUUUGCCUCCUGGACCUGAUCGCCUCCCCAGCAAUUUGGUCCAGUACUAUGAUGAUGAAAAAAAGACAUGGAAGAUCCUCACAAUCAUGCCUUACAACAGUGCCCAUCACUGCGUUGUGGAGGUGGAAAACUUCCUGUUGCUCCUAGGAGGAGAGGAUCAGUGGAACCCCAACGGAAAACACAGCACUAAUUUUGUAAGUCGCUAUGAUCCCAGAUUCAACAGUUGGAUACAACUUCCCCCUAUGCAGGAGAGGAGAGCCAGCUUUUUCGCCUGCCGCCUGGAAAAGCACCUCUAUGUGAUCGGUGGUCGGAACGAGACGGGCUACCUGUCCAGCGUGGAGUCAUACAACCUGGAGACCAACGAGUGGAACUAUGUGUCGUCUCUACCGCAACCUCUGGCUGCCCACGCUGGAGCAGUGCAUAAUGGCAAGAUCUACAUAUCAGGCGGCGUCCACAAUGGCGAGUAUGUGUCCUGGCUCUACUGCUAUGACCCUGUAAUGGACGUGUGGGCUCGCAAGCAGGACAUGAACACAAAGCGCGCCAUUCACACGCUGGCCGGAAUGAACGACCGCCUCUACGCGAUUGGGGGAAACCAUUUGAAAGGUUUUUCUCAUUUAGACGUAAUGUUAGUGGAGUGUUACGACCCAAAAGCAGACCAGUGGAACAUCCUCCAGACGCCCAUUCUGGAGGGUCGCAGCGGUCCGGGCUGUGCUGUCCUGGAUGACAGCAUCUUCCUCGUGGGGGGCUACAGCUGGAGCAUGGGGGCUUAUAAGUCGUCUACAAUCUGCUACAGCCCAGAGAAAGCAACAUGGACAGAGUUGGAAGGAGAGGUGGCGGAACCUCUAGCGGGCCCUGCUUGUUCCACCGUCAUUCUGCCCGCCUGCCUCCCUUUUAACAAAUGACAACUAAUCCAGCCGAGAGGCGACGAUGACGCCGAGUACCACAUCAAUUGGGGAGAAUAGCACCGAUAAGAAGGCAACAAUUUUACAACUAACCCCCGUUCAGUCACACGAGUGUGUGUGUAUAAAUUAUUUUUUUACAAGUUUGACCUGAGCACUUUGGUUUCCCCUGUGAAAGUCUGACGAGAAGUGGGGAAAAGCAGUGUAAGUCAUGUAUGUAAAUGUCUCUGUGCUCUGAGAAAUGGUUUAUAUUAGGUAUGAUUUAUUUACACUGUUAGUGGUGUUUUUGGCUUCUCUAUAGCACGUAUAGUGUCGAGCUCAAUGAUAGCUUUCAGCUCCGUCGUAUCCUGUAGCCACAUAAACCCAAUGACAGACUGAGAGAGAGAGGGAUCAUUCCCACUGGAUCUUGGAGUUAAACCAGGACUGGGUGAGUUACUUUAAUUGUGAUAUAUAAAUAGUCAUCAUGGCUCACACUAUGUUUUGAUGUGUUGUGCACUUAAUCUGAACACCUGGUCACCUGGUUCGAUGAUAUUUUCUCCUGUCUUUUUUUUGUUUUGUUUUAGAGAAAUCUCACAUUCAUGCAUCCAAAGCGACCUAGAAAACUGAUUUGUUGUGAUGGAAAAUACACUGUACAAAACAUAAUCAACAAACCAAACCCUAAUAGAGUCAAACCUCGGUUUUUCAACACCUCGGUUUUCAUAUGAUUCGUUUUUUUGACGAAAAGUCGAAAUGAUCAAACUGCAUCAGAUUCGCGGUUAUUCUUACAACAUUGUGCAUAUCAGACUACUCUGUUUCCGUGUACCGUAUCAUUCCGUGGAAGCGAGUGCCCAAAAAAAGCACCCUACGCGUUUCUGAGUCACUCAUUUUGUUUGAGUGCGACUGUUGAAUAACCCGCCAUGGGGACAAAGAAAGUUGGGAGUGCCAGCAAUUUGAUAAAGAAGGUGAGAAACACUGUUGAAUUCAGUCGCAAAGUACGAAGAUGGUGUCGCCUCCCCUCCUCCCUCUCCGCUCCUCACCAACAAGAGUCUUCAGUAAAAUAAUGUUCCAUGUUAAUUUGUCCGUUUCAUUUGUCAUUUAUAAUUAUUUCACAUUGUUUUCUGCAUGGAAAGCUAUAAUUAUUCGCUUUUAAAUGUUUUUUUUUUUUCCAUAGUUUUGGGUGUCUGGAAUGGAUUAAUUGGAUUUACAUUAUUUCCUAUUGGAAAAAUUGCUAAUUUGCUAAAAAAUUUUCAUCUGACUUUUUUGGAACGAAUUCAUAACAAAAACCGAAUUACCGCUGCAUUGAUGUGAUGCAUUAAUUAACGUUGGAGCUAAUGACACAUCGAUGGUACAAUCAAAUUGCUCACCAAUGUAUCGGAAGCAUUUUUGGGUCAACCCAAAAGUGGCAACAUUGUUUUUUCUCCUUUGUGCAACUAAAAGUCGCCACCUCUGGGAGUAGUAUGGGAUACUAAGCUUCCAAAUCUGAGCAUAAAGCAGACCUUAAUGCACUUAAAGUGAACCUAAGAGUUCACAGUAUUGUAAAUGAAUCAUUGUGCUGUGUUUUAACAAAAAAAAAAAUCUCUUUCAGUACAAUUGAGUCCAGUCCAGUCUAUGUUACUGAGUUUAAAAAAAGACAAAGUUGACUUUAAAUGUUGAAUCCUGUAAAGGUUGUUGACUUCAUUCUUGUACAUAAUCGCUUGCAGUGAAACAUUUUUGUGCACUCAACCUUUUGGAUUUAUUCUCAAAUCCUGCUAUGUCCUUUGCAUUUUAGAAUAUGGAAAUAAACUGA